AUGUCUACAGCAGCAGCAGCAGUAGGACGCCAAGCCUGGCGGAAACUAGCGCGCAACAACAGCACUGCUGCGAUCCGUCGUACCAUCUCCUUGUUGCCCAAGUCGCAGCAAUUCCGUCCUACCUCCUCCGUUCCUGCUUUUACCGCCAACGCCAGCAAGGCUGCCCCCCGGUUUUCCCAGUCACAACAGUACAGAUCCUACAGCUCGGGCGGUUCAAGCGGUGAUGGGACAAAGGUCAAGUUCUGGCCGUUUGUGCUGGUGUUGGCUGCUGGUACUGGCGGGUGGGUGUUGUUAAUUAACAGGCAAAAGAACAUGCCCCCCAACCCCAAGCAAACCGCCUCCUCCUCCGCCAAACCCACCCCAGCCUUCUCCCCCUCAGAAGUAACCGUCCUCUUCGUCCUCGGCGGCCCCGGCGCCGGCAAGGGAACCCAAUGCGCCAACCUCGUCAACGACUUCUCCUUCCACCACCUCUCCGCCGGCGACCUCCUCCGCGCCGAGCAGGACCGCCCCGGCUCCCAAUACGGCCAGCUAAUCCAAGACUGCAUCAAGAACGGCGCCAUCGUCCCGAUGGAAGUCACCGUCGCCCUCCUCGAGAACGCCAUGGCCGACGCCAUCGCCAAGUCUGGCUCGAAAAAGGCGCGCUUCUUGAUCGAUGGCUUCCCGAGGAAGAUGGACCAGGCAUUCCAGUUUGAAAAGGUGGUUUGUCCCGCGAAGCUGGUGCUCUUCUUUGACUGCCCGGAGCAGGUGAUGGAGGGGAGGCUGUUGGAGAGGGGCAAGACGAGCGGGCGGGCGGAUGAUAAUGCGGAGAGUAUCCGCAAGAGGUUUAGGACUUUUGUUGAGACGAGCAUGCCGGUUGUGGAGUAUUAUGACAAGGAGGGGAAGGUGAUCAAGGUGGAUGCGACGCCGGGACCGAAGGAGGUGUAUGAGGAUGUGAAGAGGAAGCUGGUGGGGAAGUUGGGGGAGAACUUUUAGACUGAGUUGACUGGGGCGGUUUUGAUAUUUUGAGCGCUGAACUUGGUUGGUUGGUUGGCAUGGUGUUGAUAGAAGGGAUGGAUGGGUUAUGGGAAAGCAAAGGGCAAGCAAGCAUUGGAGUUGGAAGAAACUUAGAAAUGGAAAAAGGAAAAGAAUCGUUCGUUUUUCUUUCUUUUGUAGUUACUUUUGCAAAUCUUAGAUAGAAGCCGA